GCUACCUGUCAGACCUGAGUUGCAGUGAGUGUAGCCCAAGAGCUGGCAGCCCUGGAGAGCAGAAAGGCUCUCUGUUAGGAACUACAUUGCCAGCCAUGCUUGGGAACCUCUGGGCAAAGUGGCUGGCAGGCAAAGGGCUGCCCCUCCUAGGGGCAGUGAUGCUGCAGAGAAGAGAGAAGGGGGGAUCUCAGUGGAAGCACUGGCAGCGGGAAGCCCACCCAUAUUAUGACCUCCAGGUGAAGGUGCUGAGAGCCAGAAACAUCCAGGGUACAGACCUAAUGUCCAAAGCUGACUGCUACGUACAGUUGUCCCUGCCCACAGCAUCGCCCAGCCCCACCCAGACAAGGACGGUGGCUAACUGCAGUGACCCUGAGUGGAAUGAGACCUUCUGCUACCAGAUCCAUGGUGCUGUGAAGAAUGUCCUGGAGCUCACUCUCUUCGACAAGGAUGUCCUAAGCAGUGACCAGCUCUCUCUGCUCCUGUUUGACCUAAGGAGUCUCAAGCCUGGCCAGCCCCAUAGACACACCUUCUCACUGAACCAGCAGGACUCACAAGAGCUUCAAGUGGAGUUUAUUCUGGAGGAGAGCCAGGUGCCUGCACCUGAGGUCAUCACCAAUGGAGUCCUGGUGGCUCAGCCCUGUCUGAGAAUCCAUGGCACUCUCAAGGCAGACGGGACUGUUCCACAACGAGAGUACGGCUCCAGGCAGGUCCACCUGGCGGUGCCUGGGGCCUAUGAGAAGCCACAGGUCUUGCCCCUGCAGCCGCCCCCGGAGCCAGGCCCUCCCCGCACCUUCACCUUCCAUGUGAAUCCUGUGCUGAACUCCAGGCUAGACGUGGACCUGAAGGAGAAGCUCAGGGUUCUACAGAGUGACCCAAGUGCUGAGCUAGAGGCUCAGACCAGCAAGCUGGGUGAGGGCGGCAUCCUGCUUUCCUCUCUGCCCCUUGGCCAAGAAGAGCAGCGCAUCAUGGUCCUGGGGGAGGACCAGGAGGUGACUCUGAGUGUGAAGGCAGAAAUGAGCUCUGGGGACCUGGACCUGCGCCUUGGCUUUGACCUCUGUAAUGGUGAGCAAGAGUUCCUGGACAAGAGGAAGGCGGUGGUAGCCAAGGCCCUGCAGCAGGUGCUGGGAUUGAGCGAGGCUCCUCACUCUGACCAGGUUCCAGUGGUGGCUGUGCUGGGCUCUGGGGGUGGAACCCGAGCCAUGACUUCCCUAUACGGCAGCCUGGCAGGGCUGCAGGAGCUUGGCCUCCUGGAUGCUGUGACCUACCUGAGCGGGGUCUCUGGGUCCACUUGGUGCAUGUCCACGCUCUACAAGGAUCCAGCCUGGUCCCGCGUGGCUUUGCAGGGCCCCAUUGCGCAUGCGCGGGCUCGGGUCUGCAGCAGUAAGAUGGGAGCAGUGUCCAUGGAGCAGCUGCAAUACUACGCUCAGGAGCUGGUGGCCCGGGAGAGGGAGAGCAGCGUGUCCUUCACUGACUUAUGGGGCCUCUUCAUUGAGUAUUUUCUGAACCAGGAGGAAAACCCUGCCAAGCUGUCCGACCAGCAGGAGGCAGUUAUCCAGGGUCAAAACCCUUACCCCAUCUACGCCGGCAUCAACGUCCACACCAACAUGAAUGCGGAAGAUUUUGCAGAGUGGUGCGAAUUCACCCCUUAUGAGGUCGGCUUCCCCAAAUAUGGAGCUUACAUUCCCACUGAGCUCUUCGGCUCUGAGUUCUUCAUGGGGCGACUGGUGCAGCUCAGGCCUGAGCCCCGCAUCUGCUACCUGCAAGGUAUGUGGAGCAGUGCUUUCGCAGCCAGCCUGGAUGAGAUCUUCCUGAAGAUUGGUGGCUCGGGCCUGGGCUUCCUGGACUGGCACAGAGGCAGUGUGAACAUCACAGAGUGCCCACGGUCCCAGCUCUACGACCCCUCUCGCCUGCGCACCAGGCUCUUCACCCCACAGGGGCCCUUCUCACAGGUGGUGCUGGACAUAUUCACCUCCCGCUUUACUUUCUCCCAGAACUUUAACUUCAUGCGGGGCCUCUACCUGCACAAGGACUACGCGGCCUGCAGGGACUUCAUGGCCAGGAAAGACACACACCCAGACAGCCUCCCCAACCAGCUCACACCCAUGUGGGACUGCCUGUGCCUGGUGGACGGAGGCUUUCACAUCAACUCUCCCUUCCCAUUGAUCCUGCUGCCCCAGCGGUCGGUGGACCUCAUUCUGUCUUUCAGCUACUCCCUGGAAGCUCCUUUUGAGGACUUACAGAUGACCGAGAAGUACUGCCUGGACCGAGGAAUCCCCUUCCCCAGGAUUGUGGUGGGCCCUGAGGACCUGGCAGAGCCAAGAGAGUGCUACCUGUUUGCUGAGGCCGAAGACCCCCAGGCACCCAUCGUGCUGCACUUCCCGCUUGUCAACCGCACCUUCCGCACACACCUGGCCCCAGGUGUGGAGCGGCAAACAGCUGUGGAGAAGGCCUUCGGGGACUUUGUCAUCAAUGGACCAGACACCCCCUAUAAAAUGAUGGAUUUCACCUAUGAGCACCAAGACUUUGACCGGCUGGUGGCCCUGAACCGCUACACUGUCCUGAACAACGCAGAGACCGUGAAGCGUGCCCUCCGGCUGGCUCUGCUGCGGCGGCACACUGGGGGUAGGGCUGAGGCCUGAUCAGGUGCAAGUCGGGACUGUAGGACAGAGUGGAGCUGCAGGGCUCAAAGCCAGUGCUUGCCAAGCAAGAAGUGGGUGGACUGUUCUGCUGUAGUCUCAGCACUCUAGGAGGCUGAAGCAGGAGUUCAAAUCCAGCCUAGGCAAUUUAGUAAGACCCUGCCUCAAAAUAAAAAAUAAGAAAGGACUGGGGAUAUACCUCAAUGCUCUGGAUUUAAUUCCCAAUUUCCAAAACAAACAAACAAACAA